UGCGCAGUGCUUUCAAGCCGCUCAAGAUGGAUUUUCACUCAGCUCGCAAGGCUAUUUUGGACAUAUUGCAGGGUGUACGAGCGAGGGAUCUGCCCCGCCUACUUCACUGGGUGAAAAAGACUAAUGAUUUUGAUGAAUUCACAUCCAGUAAUGCUGAUGCUGUUCUCAGAAGUAUUGCUGAAGAUCUGCGACAUUCAUUGCCCCCUGAUGCAAUGCUUAACUCAGAGCACCUUGCUCAUCAAAAACUACAUGAACAAACAAAGCCCACUGUUCAUAUUGAUGCAUUCCUUUAUGAUGAUGACUGUAUUGACUUGUUGUGUGAAGAAGGGAAGAUGAGCAGAAAUUACUGUCUGACAUGUGGCUCACAUCAGACAGCACCAUUAGAGUUUAUUUCUCAUUCUUUUUCCCUCACGGAACUGAAGUUUCUCUAUCAACAUGUUCUGCCUGACCUGACAGGAAAGGUUGUGGUUGACGUUGGUUCCAGACUUGGUGCAGUUCUGUUUGGGGCCUUCUUUUAUAGCUCAGCAUCUCAGAUCUGUGGUGUUGAAAUGAAUGCAGACUUUUGCCAGUUGCAGGAAGCUAUCAUUGCAAAAUACCGACUUGAUGAAAGAAUAAAGGUGCUUAAUGCAGACAUACGUACUCAGGCUUCACUUCUUCAGAAUGCAGAUGUUGUUGUAAUGAAUAAUGUCUUUGAAUAUUUCCUUGAUGGAUCAGAACAGGCCAGGUCCUGGAAAUUCAUCAGCCAAAAUGUAAGAAAGAAAGGAUCCUUGUUAGUCACCGUCCCAAGUCUUGAGGAAUCUCUUUCAGAGCUUAAGAAACGGGAGUCCGCGAUGCCGCUCUUACACCGAAAGCCUUUCGUGAGGGAGAAGCCCCCCGCUGACCUGCGACCCGACGAGCACGUCUUCUACUGCAGAAUCACCAACGAGAUCUUCAGGGACUACGAUGACUUUUUUGAACGAACCAUUCUAUGUAAUAGCCUUGUGUGGAGUUGUGCUGUCACAGGAAAACCUGGACUCACCUAUCAAGAAGCACUAGAAUCAGAAAAGAAAGCCAGAGAAAAUCUCCAAAACUUUCCAGAACCACUUAUUGUUCCAGUCCUAUACUUAGUUACACUGACUCAGCGCUCACGACUUCAUGAAGCGUGUGAUGACAUAUUUGCUUAUAUCAAGGACCGCUAUUUUGUUGGUGAAAUUGUGGAAGUACUUAGGAAUAAUGGUGAAAGAUUGCACUGUAAAAUUUUGGAAGUUAAAGCACCACUAUGUCACAAUGGAAUGGCUAAUGGUCAUGUCAGCAGUGCAGAUGGAGUCACCAUUGUUAUAAGUGAUAGUGAUGAUUCAGACUUGGAUACCAGUUCUGCACAAAAUGGGAAAGAAAAAGCCAUAACUGAUCCAUCCUUGUUCAAGUAUAAAGUGAAGCCUAUAAAGAAACAACUGUAUGAAUCUGUUACAGUGAAAGCUUCUCAGAUAUGUCGGAGGAAACAUCUUUUUUCUCGUGACAGACUUAAGCUCUUUUUGAAGCAGCAUUGUGAAUCCCAUGAUGGCAUUGUUAAAAUUAAGGCAAUAUCACUUGCAAAAUACAAGAUAACAGAGCAGAAUUUUUCCUACCUCUUUCCUGAUGACCCACCUACUUUUGUCUUCAGUCCUUCAAACAGGCGACGGAAGCCUUCAAACAUGAUGUCAGAUGGUCAUGAAAGUAAGGCUGCAGAACAACUUAGUCCUAGAAAUGUAAGCAAUGCAGCAAAAGAAAGGGCAAGACUUCAAAAAGAAAAAGAAGAAAUGACAAUAGAAAAAUUAAAAAAGGAGAAGGCAAAUGCUAUGGAAUCAAAAAAGAGAGAGAGAGAAGAUAAAGAAAAAAGGAAGGAAGAACUAAAGAAGAUCGUGGAAGAAGAAAGACUAAAGAAGAAAGAAGAGAAGGAGCGACUCAAAAUAGAAAAGGAAAAGGAAAGAGAGAAACUUCGUGAGGAAAAACGGAAAUAUCAGGAACAUCUAAAACAAUGGAGUAAGCGUAGAGAAGACAUGGAAUGUGAUGAUCUUAAGGAACUUCCAGUUCCAACUCCAGUGAAAACCAGACUACCUCCUGAGAUCUUUGGUGAUGCUGUUAUGGUAUUGGAGUUUCUCCAUGCUUUUGGGGAACUCUUUGAUCUUCAAGAUGAGUUUCCUGAUGGAGUAACUUUAGAAAUUUUAGAGGAAGCUCUUGUAGGAAAUGACAGUGAAGGCCCACUAUGUGAAUUGCUGUUUUUCUUUCUGACUGCCAUUUUUCAAGCAAUGGCUGAAGAAGAAGAAGAAGUGGCCAAAGACCAAAUAGCUGAUGCUGAGACCAAAGAUUUAACAGAGGCUUUGGAUGAAGAUGCAGACCCCACAAAAUCUGCACUAUCUGCAGUUGCAACUUUGGCAGCUGCAUGGCCCCAGUUACACCAGGGUUGCAAUCUGAAAAACUUGGACCUUGAUAGCUGCACCCUCUCUGAGAUUCUUAGACUUCAUAUCCUAGCAUCGGGUGCAGAUGUAACAUCAGCCAAUGCUAAAUAUCGUUACCAGAAACGAGGAGGAUUUGAUGCCACAGAUGAUGCUUGUAUGGAGCUAAGAUUGAGCAAUCCUGGGUUGUUGAAGAAACUCUCGUAUACCUCAGUAUAUGAUUUAUCAUCAGGGGAGAAGAUGAAGAUUCUUCAUGCUCUCUGUGGAAAGCUUCUGACUCUUGUUUCUACUCGGGACUUUAUUGAGGACUCUGUUGAUGUAUUGCGACAGGCAAAACAAGAAUUCAGAGAAUUAAAAUCAGAACAGCAUCGCAGAGAAAGAGAAGCUGCAGCAGCAAGAAUCCGCAAGAGAAAAGAAGAUAGAUUAAAAGGGCAAGAACAAAAAAUGAAAGAGAAACAGGAGAAAUUGAAAGAACAGCAGAAAAAUCCUGCAACUGAAGUAUCUGUUGGAGAUGGGGAACAGGAAGAAUUUGAUACAAGUACAGAGAGUAAAGGUGCUGAUACAAAGGAACAAGACCAAGAUGGUAUGACAGAUGAUGAGGAUGACCUAAUACAAAACAAAAAGAGAAGAGGAGUGCCUCUUUCAGGAAAAGGAGUACAUGAUGGCUUUAAAGAACUUGCAAGGCAAGUAGAGACUACUGGUGAAAAGUGUGAACUACUCACUCCAGAGGAGGAACAAAGUUUAAAAGAGGAGCAGCAGGCUAAAGAACGGGAACUUAUUGACAAGAUUCAGAAAGCCACUGCUUGUACCAACAUCUCUCCUUUAGGCCGUGACCGCCUAUACCGACGUUACUGGCUUUUCCCAUCUGUUCCAGGACUAUUUGUGGAAGAAGAUUAUUCUGGUCUUACAGAAGACAUGUUGUUGCCUAGACCAUCUUCAUUUCAAAAUAACAUACAGGCCCAUACUCCUGAUAAAUCUCUGAGAGCCACCAAAACUGGAGAAUCUUUAAAAACAGAAUCUACCUCUAACACUCACCAAGAUUUGGAUGCUAGUGCUACUGUACAAGUGUCACAACCAAUACAUAAGCCAAACCGGUGGUGUUUUUAUAGUUCUCAAGAACAAGUGGACCAACUCCUAGUGGCUCUCAAUUCUCGAGGAUACAGGGAGAGUGCCUUAAAGGAAAUUCUUAUGCAGGAAAAGGACAGAAUAUGUGAACACCUGAACAGUUUUCCUGUAGAAAAAUUCCAUAUUUCAGAGAAACCUCAAAAUGAAAGCAAGCCACAUCCAGGACGAGGAAAAACACAGAAUGCAUGUGAUGUACCUUUAAUGUCUGCAGAAAAACAGCUUGAAUUGAGACUGAGAGAUUUUCUUUUGGACAUUGAAGACAGAAUCUUUCAAGGAACUUUGGGCUCCAUUAAGGUAAUGGACAGGCAAACUUGGAGGACAGCAUUAGAAAAUGGUCAGUAUGAGCUGCUGAAUGAGGAAAACAAAGAAAAUGGUAUAAUAAAAUCAUUGACUGAAGAUGGAGAGAUGGAAAUAGAUGAUCAAGCAAGAGUUAUUACAAAAGACAGAUUGAUUGGACUCAAACUUGAACCUCGAAGCACUGCUUCAACUAAUACGAGCACUCCACAGCCCGUGAAUAAUGCAGUCCAUUACUUGGCAUCAGCACUGCUGCAAAUACAGCAAGGCACUGAACGCAAAUUCCUCAAAGCCCCACUUGGUGAUGCAGAACAAAAUAAGAGAGACCAAAAAGGAGAUAAAAGAAGGAAGAAAGAAGAAGAUCAGUCUGACACAAAUGAUGGUGGUCGUUUACAUAAAACAGUCCUGGAUCGCUGGAGGGAAUCACUGCUUUCUUCUGCUAGCCUGUCCCAAAUCUUCCUUCACCUCUCAACACUGGAACGAAGUAUAAUCUGGUCAAAAUCCAUCCUUAAUGCUCGCUGCAAAAUGUGCAGAAAGAAAGGAGAUGCUGAAAGCAUGGUGCUGUGUGAUAGCUGUGAUCGAGGCUAUCAUAUCUACUGUAUAAGGCCAAAGCUCAAGGCUGUUCCUGAUGGAGAUUGGUUUUGUCCAGAAUGUCGACCAAAGCAGCGUUCUAGGCGCCUCUCAUCCCGACAAAGGCCUUCUGUGGAAAGUGAUGAAGAGGCAGAAGAACAGAUUGAAGAUGAUGAUGAUGAAACCAGUUAUGAGGAAAUUGGACAAAGUGAGGAAGAUGAUUAUGAAGAGGAAGAUGAUGGAGAUAACUCUGAUUCUCAAGAAGAUGAUGAAAAAAGCUUAUCCAAAUCAAGAAAACCUCAGGUAAAACUUUCCUUAAGAACAAGAGCUGCAAAACUUACCACUACCAUCUCAAGUCAAUGUAUCCAACGGCAGGGUCCUGGAAGAUACAGUUCUCGAAGUCAGCAGAAUACACCAAAACAAACUGGAUCUUUAUGUAAAACAGCUGGGAAGGGUGUAAGAAAGACAAGGUCUGCACCUUCAUCUGUAACAAAAUCCUCAAGACUUAAUAGUCGUACUACUCGUCACAGUCGAGGCUUGCUACAAGCAGAUGCAUUUAUAGAGUUAAUGAGUCCCCGAAGACAACGCAGAGGGAGAAAGACAGCAGACAGUACUCCAGAUAGCAGUCCUGCCAGUAAUCUUGGCUUCAGAAUUGUUGAUACUAUGGACUCAAGCAAACAGAUAAGCCCUCCAUGUUCUAUAGUACAAAAUUCUCCUCAAGAAUCUGAGCCUAAAAGGAGGGGUAGGAAACGGCAAUCUACAGAACCCUCUCAAAUGCCACUGAAUAGGAGAAGUUCAGGACGCCAGGGUGGAGUCCAUGAACUGUCUGCUUUUGAGCAGCUUGUUGUGGAACUGGUGCGUCAUGAUGACAGCUGGCCUUUUAUGAAGCUAGUCUCCAAAAUCCAGGUACCAGACUACUAUGAUAUCAUAAAAAGACCUAUUGCCUUAAAUAUAAUCCGUGAAAAAGUGAACAAAUGUGAAUACAAAUUAGCCUCGGAAUUCAUUGAAGACAUUGAGCUGAUGUUUUCAAACUGUUUUGAGUAUAACCAGCGCAAUACAAGUGAAGCAAAGGCUGGGACAAGACUGCAGGCAUUUUUCCAUAUUCAGGCUCAAAAGCUUGGACUUCCUAUUGCAUCUGGUUGCAUGGGCCAUACUGCUCCAGCAUCCAAGAAGACCCGAAUCUAAUUUCUUCCUUCUAAAGGACUUGAAUGAGAGAAAUCGUCUAUAUUUUCAUGGAAAAUGAAACACUUAAAUCAUGCAGCCAUAGAAAGCAAUAACAUCUGCCACACUUUGGAAGUGUGGCCUGCACUAUGUUUUCAAUUUAUUAAGCACUCAGGAGAUUGUUGGAAAGAUUAUCUUUGCUAGAGUUUCGUUCCAUGUCUAAUAAUUUUGAUAGAUGAGUAUUGAAUACAGUACUGGUUUACAGUAGUUUUUGUACUUUUAAAGAGCAUUUUUGUGUCCAAAUGCCUUCCAGAAAUAUUUUUCUUCAGCAUCAAAAGAUAUUGUCAUACGUUUUAGUUUUUGUAGAAUGUGACAUAGUUUUGUGAGGAUUCUACCUAAGCUAAAUCAUCUGCAACACAGAGGGCAAGUGAAAUGCCUGAAGUCACUUGAGCACAAGUCUUUGACACUACGUGAAUUAGUACAAUUUUAUAUCUUUUAAAUUACUGUGCCAGAACUGGUUGAAAAGAUUUGGUAUGUCUUUAUUAAGUAGAUAUUUAUUUAGCAUUCAAAUAACUUGUGAAUUUGUUUUUGUAUUUAUAAAAUUUUUACUUUGAGGAUAAAGAAUUCCUUAACUUUCUGGGUUUUUUGUGUGUGUUAUGUUUAUACCUUGAUGAUCAGUUACUUGUCCUCUUUCUACAUGGCAGUUCUUCCAGUAAAAGUAACUUACAGAACUGUAUGUUUAUUUGUACAACUUUUGAGUGUAAAAAUAAAAUAAAAUGAAACUUA